AUGUGCCUCUUCAUGUCGGGCGAUCCGCCGGAGCGAAUCCGGUCAUCUUCUCUCGGCAGGAGCAGAAGUUAUCGUGCCCGAUACUGGGCGUACCUGUUGGACAAUUUACAGAAGGCCAAGAACGAGAUCUGUGACGUCUGCGAGAAAGAUCAGGACAUUCUCGCUUGCAAGGAAGUCCUUCUGAUUCUCAACAACUACUCCAAGGAAUUCCAAGCGCUCAUCGAUCUUGUGAAACUCAAUGAUGAGCUCGAGAAGACGCCGGCUCCGAGCAGGCCGGCAUCGGUGUCCUGGGAGGUGCGGAAGCCGGGGAGCUUGAGUCGUCACUCUCGCGUGUCUCCGAUUCCGCCGCGAACUCCCACACCCAAGGAAACCGCAACGAUCGGCGUACAGACCGUCGAGGAGAAACCGAAACCGCUCCCGACUCCGGUUCGCCCAAGCAGCGGAUUGUCGACCCGAACAGCUCAGAAGAGCGCGACCUCAACAAUUCAGCAACCCAAACCCACCAGUGCCAUUCGGUCUUCGAGCCAUAAGCCUCCAGUCACUUCCGUGCCGAAAAAACCUUCGACGCUCUCCGUCAGUCAAGUUCGCAAGCCUAUGGUCCCUUCCCCGACUUCAACCCUCCGACGGCCACCGCCACCGGUCAAACAGACGACCUCCUCCCUGCUGCGGAGAUGCGCGACCACAAUGAUCAACGGUGAACCCGCGAGGACCUUAUCCUCCCAAAAGCCACAGAUCGUUCCCAAACUGAGCGAGUCUACCAGUUCACUAAGUAGUUCAACGUCGAGUAAAUCGUGGGCCGAAACCGUCAAGGGCGGAUCGACGAGAGCUCUGUCGGUGGCCAACAAUGGACUUGAGAUCAAAGUUGAUAACGAUGACGAAGGGUGGAAGGUGGUGCACAACCAUCGUUUCAAGUCUUCGGUUCUCCGCUCUCCUUCAGUGCCGGAGAUCAUCCGGAAACGCCCAUCCGUUUCUCCAGUGAACGUCCACCAACGGCCGUCUCUGUCUGUUCCGAAAGACGAUUCAACUCUGACGAAGUCCUUGCCGACCCUGAAUCAGAAAUUGGCGGCGCAACGGAAUCAAGCUUCGAAACCAAUCCUGGAAAGAAGCCAUACAACGCUUUCGGCGGUUCAACGUCGAAAUAAAGAGAAUGAGCCAUUGAGCACGAAAUUGACACCCAGAUCUACUCCCAGCGACAGAAGUCCCACCGCUAUUAGAAGCGCGCCCAAACCUGCGACGAGGAUAUCGCCCACGUCUAGAAAUGUUUGUUCGGCUACUGCGACGCCGAACUCACGCGGUUCGAUGAAUCAAAUCAAUAAUCGAAAUCAGCCAAAUAAACCCAAGGAAACGGCCGUCGAGAAAGCCAAGAGGGAGAAGCUCUUGCCAAAUUCCGCGAAGAAAAUUCCCACGGUGAAGACGGUGACUUCGGAAGAGAUCAAGGAGAUCGUGAUCGAAUCGAGGCAAUCGAAGUCCGAGAGUCCAAAAGAUAGGAAUUCCGCGUCCUCGAGUAUGGUUCUCAGCACGGAUUCCAUGACUUCGGAUGAGAGUCGUGACGACAUCCAUACGAAGGAGUUGACGCUGCUCAUCCCAAGCGCCGAAUCAGUGCGUAGCGACUCCGCCAGCGAAGUGAGUCCACGCAGCGUGGACAAGAACGUAACCGCCGACAUGUCGGACACCGACCUCUUCACCGACAAACGAAUGGCUGCCGCCAUAUGGAUUCACGAACAGGGACUGUCGCUGGCCGAUCAAGUGGAGUUUCUGGACCAGAUAGAACAGAGGGUUCCGGGUCGCGCUACCAAGGUCCACGAGAAGCUCUCGUCUCCGAGGAAAGGAUUCACGGAGGAGACGCUGCGAACACAUGAACGACGUCAAGCAAAAGCCCAGGAGCACCGCGAACGUCUCAAGGAAGAGCGAGCCCAGAACUAUCGAGAGAUACUCCGGAAAGUUGAAGAGCACAAAGUAGCUCUGGAAGAGGAAUCCAAAUGCAGGCUCCAGAGAGCCAAGGAAAAACAAGACAAGGCCGACAAAAAUCGCGAGGAACAACUCCGCAAGAAGGUUCAGAAAGCUCACGACGAGAAGGAGAAAGUCCAGGAGAUCGCUUUCAUCAAUACGAUCGAGGCACAGAAUAAGCGACACGAUAUUUUCGAGCGCGAGAAGGAAAGCGACAUGAGGAUCCAAGAAAUUCAGAAGAAGCAACAGCUCAAGUUGGAAGAGAAAGCGGCGCGGGAGGCCGCAGCUGAAGAACGUCGCAAGGCCAUGGAGGAGGAAUGGCAAUUGAAGGUCAACGAGAUUCUCGAGAAACGAGCGGACCGCGAUCGGAAAUUGCAGCAACAACAGCAAGAGAAAGAAGCCAAACGUCAGGCGAUCUCAAAGCUGAACGAACUGGUCCGAGAGCGCAUCAACGCGCCGGGCUGCACUCCAUACGAAACGAAGAAAAUGUGCAGCGCUUGCAACGUUCUCAUCACGUCCGAGGUUUAUCUCUUGAGCCACCUCAAAAGCAGCAAACAUCAAGAAGCCAUGCUCGGAGAUCAAGAGAGUUACGAUACACUUUCGGAAGAUAUUCACUCCUAUAGUUUGAAAUACAUCAUCGAUGCACCCAUUGACGAGAGACACAUUGCCGAAACCGAAUCGUUGAGGAAGCAUCUGCGGGUCAUACAGAAGAAACGGUGUCGUAAACUCAAACAGAAAAUACAGAUGAAAAGCAAGGAAUUCGAGAAGCUUAAACAGCAGAAACCGACCACAUCGGAAACGAAGGACUCGAAAACCCUUAUCGAGAAACCUUUGCGUGAAAUUACGCGAGUCCUCAGCUCAAACAGAGACGUUAAGGGCGUGUGGCCGUCAGAGAGCUGCAACUCCCUGAAACGUCAGCUCGGGGACAUGGAGCGCCUACUUUCGAAGUCCACGCCGAAAGAUCGCCAGUUGAUUUCGGACAUUGCCUCUGAUGAAUGCAGUUCUCUUUUGAUCGAGAUUAUCAAACUCUGUCAACGAAGCACCGUUCACAUCCCGAGCGUCAUUCCCCCGAAAUUCAUCGGCCAAACGUGUCAUCUCAUGCAAUACAGUUUACGCAACGACGACAACUUUGCUACGGAACUCGUGCAAAGUAACUCUGUUCUCAUGAUCGUGGAGUGUCUCCACCAUGUGCUCAAUCUCUUAGUGCCUGAUGACAAUCCAGCUCCGCCCAAGGCGUCGAUCGGCGGUUGCGCUCUCAGCAGUGGGCUGUUGCAACUCUUGCACACGCUCUGUGAUCAGCUGUCGGUGACCGAACAGCAGAAGCUAUCGGACAACCUCAAGGCGAGGAUCAUCGACAUCUUAAGCUACACCGUCAGCAUAGGCGUUGUCGAUAAGGUCAUGUAUUACUUCACCUACAUCCAGAAACCCCGCGAUAGCGAGCCUCAGGCCGUCGCCGAUGUUCUCCUGAACGGGUUGAAUUUCGUCACAUCGAUGGUCCGAUUGCUGAAAACUAUCAGCGAGAGCGAGGGAGACGUGGAGGGCAAAACGACUUCCUUCGACGCCACGCAGCUCCUCUCAACCCUCAGACGGACUGACGCGAUGGGGGUUGUGGCGCUUCUGUACUCGACCCUGCUCUGCCAACACAAGGACGACAAUAACACGCCUUGUCGAAUGUCGGCGAACCACGUUGAGAUCUCGUUGGCUGCGUGUCGUUUCCUCAAUCAAGUGGCGAGCGCGAGUCUCACGAGUUUCCAGGAGAUCCUCGGACGUGAGGGUAUCUCGCUACAGAUUCGCCAUAUCGCCAGCUACCUGCUUUGGUACUGCAGUCACCAUACGGGUAGCGGCGAAGAGAAGGAAUUACUGCACCAGGUCCUACUGCUCGUUGGGUUCUUCGCCGUCAACAACCGCGACAACCAAAAUGUGAUCCACACCGGCGGUCAGCCGACCGUCCUUCAGCUUCUCUGCAAGCUACCCUUCGAUUAUUUCUGUGAUAACGAGUUACGUGAUAUCUUCAUGCCAACUCUGCUUGCGUGUUGUUGCUUCAAUGAGCAAAACACGCUGCUCCUCUGUGAAGAAAUUUCGCCCCUCAUGCUGUUGACCUACCUCGAAGAAAAGCUCAACGAAAACGAGACCGCGAGCAAAAGCGCUUCGGAAAGUGUUCGGGCCUUCAGUAAACGUUUCCCGGCAUCGCUGUGGCCGCGAGCCCUCGAGUUCCUUCGUAAGACCGGCUGAAGCAGCCGGGGGGCAGCGGUCAUUUCAGAGUCAUUACAUAUCAGAAGCGGCUCUCGUCGAGCUUGUUGAUCUGCGACCGAUCCAGAGGUGGAAGCCCCAUCGGUCGUUUGGCCAACGUACAUUUCAUUUGUUAGAAAGCAUUUUCCUUAGCGUUGGCUCUUCGUGUUAGAAUUGACUAUUGUUGUAUUCCUGUAUUCCUCGGCUUCCUAGGUAGGAAUCGUAUAUAUUUCGUUAGGGCACGGAAAGUUUCGAGGACCCUCGAAUCUUGAGGAGGAUCAGAACGCUUGUGCCAGAUUGCAUCCCAUUACGGGGUCACUGUAUAGAAAACUUCGGAUCGGCUUCAGGAGUCCAUGGAGACGAUGACAGAAACUUCGGAGCUCCGGUGGCUCAGCCAGCG